UUACGGUUGAACAUAACUGGCAACGCUGGCUAAACAGCUGUUGGUUUUGUUGACGUUUAACUUUUGGCAUUUAUGGUGCAAUUUUGAAUAAAUAAUGGACUUGAUAUUACUUUUUGGCAUUGCAAUUGCGUUGCUGGUGAUCCUGAUAACUCUUUAUUUCCUGCAGAACAAGAAUUCUAAGACAGAAACAAAGGCAGCUGCGCAACCUCAACGUGGCGUCCCACAGCGUGCUCAGGAGGGCGUGCCAAGGCGUGCUCAAAUUGCGCGGAAUCAGCGCAAUCGUUUACGAGCGAAUCAAAAUGCUCCAGCGGCUGCAGCUGCAGUGGCUGCCCCUGCAGCCAUAGACACUGAUGAUGACGAAGCGGCGGCAGCUGGUGACGAGAAUGGGCCACGAGUGCCGCAGGGUGCUGUCCUGGAUGAAAAGAUGGGCGCGAAAAAAAGAGCAAAAAUGGAGGCGAAGGAACAAAAACGUCUGCAGCGCGAGCAAGAGCUGCACGAUCGUGAGCAGCGUAAGGUGAAAGAGGCCAAAGAAGAUGCGGAGCGCAAGCAGCAGGAGGACCUCGACGCGGAAGUGGAACGCAAAAAAGUGGAGGCCGAACGACUGGCCAAGGAAGAGCGCGAACGCAAAGAGUACGAAGAAUAUCUUAAAAUGAAGGCGGCGUUCAGCAUCGAAGAGGAGGGAUUCGAAGAAGGCGAUGCUGAUGAAAAGGAGAGUCUGCUAGCCGACUUCAUACAGUAUAUCAAGGACAAUAAAGUCGUUUUACUAGAAGACUUAGCCACAGCAUUCAAAUUGAAAACCCAGCAAGCCAUCGAACGAAUCCAAGAGCUGCAGGCAAAUGGUACAAUAACCGGCGUCAUUGACGAUCGCGGCAAAUUUAUCUACGUCUCAGAAGCGGAAUUGGUGGCCGUGGCCAAGUUCAUCAAGCAGCGAGGUCGUGUAUCGAUUGCCGAGCUGGCAGAAAGUAGUAAUAACUUGAUUAAUUUAACGCCUGUUACAGCUGGUGAGGGUGGCGUAGAAUGAGAUUUGUUAACUAUUUUGUAUAAACUAAAUAUAGUUAAAAAUUUUACAAAAA